GGUCUCACGGACUUGCCCGCCGGUUAAUAAUGCAUACAAACGCACGGCAAACCCGAGACAAUCGAAAAGCAGCGGCGGAUCAGAACGCGAAGUUCCCAAGUGAUCGAACGGUCGGCCAAGAUUGGUGAUCAUGACGAUAUCCGGACCAAUCGUGAAAUACGCCCAGAGGCUGAACAUUGCCGAGCAUAAGGACAUCCUUCAAAAGGCCGAGGAUUUGUGCCAACAGAUCUCGGCCGAGUCCAAGUUUUCCGUCUUGAAAUUGAGUGGCUCGUGCCAAACCGUGAUCAGUUUGCAUUUGGCCUCGAAAGUAUGUCGGAGACCCAUCCAGGAUCUGAAACUCAUCCUCAAAUCCGCGGGUUUGUCCAAGGUGAAAUAUCAAAACGUGCUGCGCAAUGUCGAAUCCGCUUUGAAUUUGGAGGAGGUCUUGAGCAUUGAUGACAUCUGCGUCCAGUUAGGCUGCUCUCAAAUUCGUCAAAAGGCCGCUAAUAGUCUUAAACAGUAUCAGGCGACCUUUUUGAGUAAACUAUCGGCGUCGCGCCGGGAUGAUGUUAACUUUGAUAAGGCCAUUUACCCGUGUGCCGCCAUUUUGGCCGCUGUUAAGGCUGAAAAGGGGAUAAGGGUCGACAAAAACAAAUUAUCAGAUUUGGGGAGCACCACCAAAACCGAAUUGGAAAAGAUGGCGGCCGAUAUAUGGGCCGCCCAACCGCAAACGCCGUUGAAUACGCCCGUGAAAAAGAAGACUGUCAAGUCUUUGGUGCAAGCCGUUUUGACGCGGGCCUUGGAGAAUGAGGAGAUUGUCCCGGAUACUCCGGGUAAAAAACAAAAGCGGUUCAACGACGAUGACGAAGAGAGCGACGACGACCAUUGCAUAUUCAAUCGAGACGACUACGAAAUGUGGAAGCAGAAGAUAUUAAAUCUGGCCGGUCUCGUGUAAAAAAAACCGUACAUAUAUCUAUAUAUCUUUAUUCAAAUUUA